GCGGGGAGCUGCGGGUUGCGGGCCGUGCCCGGCGCUGCGCGGAGCGGGACGAGCCGCCGUGCGGUGCGGGCUGCCCGGCCUGGGCUCCGGCUCGGUGCGAUGGCGCCUGGCCUUGUAGUUGUUUCUGACCUAUGUUUAGCGGGCAGAAAGACUGUUCCCGUUAAGGUGGCCCUAACUCACUCUCGGGGCUCCAGGCAGAGGACACUGAUUGUUUUUUCAUUGCCAGAAGGAAGGUCUGCCUGGGCGCACUGCCCCACAGUUGGUGAAUAUGCGUCUCUGCCAAUUUUUUAUACCGCAGAUGCACAGCUGGUGUUAGAAAUCAUAGAAAACGUGAGCAAAGCUGAUGGUAAAGUCACAACCUUCUUGAGGUAGUGCUGAAAUGCUCUCCUGGAACCUGGUGCCGAGGGCAGUGUGGUGCAGGCUUUUAUUGCUGUGGGAGAGAGCAGUGUGGUAACGUUUAAGUCUGUGCUAAUUCAUCUCUUCCUUGAGUGCGGUGUGCAGGCAAUCCUAAACACAGAGAAAUCCACUGCAUUGAUAAGUGCCUUUGAUGUGAUUAAGACGUUCCCAGUAAAUGAUUCUCCAGAUGGCAUAUCAAAGGAAGCUGCUCAAAUAGCAUUUCAGUGCUUCAGAUAAUCUCUCAAGUGUGUGGGCUACCGGCUGGGCUGCAACUUCUUGCUCAGCUUUGUCCUGUGUCACCUUGACGGGCUGUGACUGCCCAGUUUGUCGUGUGGUACAGGAGGGAUAGCUCUGAACCACACUCACCUUGGUCCUGGGGUUCCUGGCUGUUCCUUUGUUGGAGGAGAACUUCAGCAGGAUCAGACGUACAGUUGUGAACCCGCUUUCUUAGCUGCUAUCCCCUGUUCCAUUGACUCCUCUGUUGUCUCCAUCCUGCACUGCUUCUCCAGGUCAAUGCUGAUGCUGAGAGAUGCAGAUGGAAGUGAGGUUCACUCAGCCUGAUGGGCUGCUGCCUGGAGUCCCAUUCACUUCUAACACUGACUGUAAUGUGAGCCCUGGUGGUCCUGGGGAUAGCAAAUGUGGAUGGCUGUGAGGGAGUCAGGUCAGCUGCAGGCUGACCUAUGUGGCCUGGAUCAGUUACAUCUGAAGUACCCAGUAAUCCUCCAUCCUAGAUUUCUCAGGGUUAGCUUGUACUGUGGAUGUUUGUUUUGCUGGAUUGGGAUUCUGUUCAUCUUCUCCUGGGUGAUCCCAUCUGGAAGUACAGUUCAGUUGUUUUUUUCAGUAGUCAUUGAGGAGCAAUCUCACCUUGCUCUAACAAUAAAUGUGUGUUCUACAGUGGAGAACGUACAUCAUUACACAUCUGAGCUUCAUCCCCUGUGAUUUAAAGCUGGGGUGGGUAGAGCCCAACACUAUCGCUCACACAAAGCCCAGAUGUACACAGCCAUAAUGUAUGACUCACCUCUGAAAUUCUGCCAGGUGCUGGGGGGCAUUACCCCAGUUAUUUGUAUGCAUCUCUUUCUUUCAAGAUCUCUUUUAAACAUUUUGCAGUCAGACUUCCAGAAGGGUAAGUGUUAUUUCAGUGAAGCCUGCAUGUCCCAGCCUGCCUGGUGCAGUGUGGAAAACGUUCACAAUGUUCAACUUUUUCAGGCAGUGAUCUGUACUUGCCAUGCCUGGUCCCAUAGCUGCUGAUUUGGGGUGGGAAACUGAUGAGCAGACCUCUUCCUAUGUAAAUCAUGCUUCAGAAGAGAAGUAAUGCACGCGCUUUACUGCUGCAUACAGGUGAGAUUUUGGGUUGGGCUCUGGCAAGUACCGCAUCCCCCCUCACUGCGCUGUAAAUCUGUGUGUGAAAUAGGUGCACCUUUCCAGUUCCACUUGUUUGGAUGCUGGAAGGUUCGGUGCUUUUCUCAGCGUUUGGGCAUGAACUACACAUGCACGUGUUACUUGGAGAUGCUGAAACUUACCCACAUUUAGUAUUUAUCACCUCCUCUCUUUUUUAUUGAAAAGCAGGAAUAAAAUCUGAUGAAAGACCUCAGGAAACCUGUAGGAGCUAUUUCAGUGACUCUUACAGUAGUGGUGCUCAGACCAGGACUCGUGUUAGCUUUGUGAGCAGAUCAAUUCAAAGUGGAUCAGACAUACAACAAAGUUUAUGUUGCUAUCACAGACUCCCAUGCCACCUAGCAGGAAAAAGACUCUGCAGUGCAUUUAUGGUGGAAUAAUUGAGCAGCACAGUACUUACAGCAACACUGAACCAAGAGGAAGAGGCACUGACUGUGUGGCUACCAAGUGCUGGCUAGCUUGUUGCUGCUCUUUAGGGGAGCCUCAGAUCUGAUCAUUGAAAGUCAAUUCAGCUUUUGAUUAUUUUUUUAAAGGUAAAGUCUGCAGUUUCCAAUGAGUUUUGCUGUCACAACAAGAAGAGGCUGCACGCUGUGUGGCUGCUCUUGCUCCUGCAGCAGUUUGUUGGGCCAAGGCUGAUAUCAGCUUCCAGCAGACUUUUGGAUCUCUUCAGUGAUCUUGUAGGCCAGCCCUGUGUGAAGCUUGAAGUUGUUCAACUUUUCUCUACCUGUACUGUUUCAUGCUUUUCUGGUUAGAAAAGGAGAACGGUGUUCGUGUGGGUUGAUUUGUGCUGUUCUUCCCAUACCCGAUGAGAGCUGUCAGGUCACGGCGGUUUGGCUGUGAUGUGGUGAGAUGGCUGCAGGCAUAUUUUCUAAAAGACAGGAGAUUGAGGAGUGUCAGCUGUGGGCACGGCCUGCCUUCCAGCCAUCUGAAGUUUUCCUCAAAAAAAAAAAGUUACUUUGGUUAGCUAGGAGACAAAAUAAAAUAUAACUAACACCUCCAGAGAGAGGAAGAGCUGGAGGAACUUCUUGCAACUGUGUUGCUGUGCUGGGUUUAGUGCGCUCAUUAUAAAGGGGGAGAGUUGUGUGGGCUCACAGAGCUGGCAGAGCUAGGCUGGGUGCCCACUCCUGGCUGUGUUCUUGAUGCAGCCCCUUUUUUUGCAAAUUAUUUCCCCUUUUGAGGCUUCUCUUUCUAUAUAAAAACGGGGACACCCAACGUGGGCUAUGUCGGACAUGCUCCAGUGGGCAGUGUGAGCUGCUUUGGUAGCGGCCCCAUGCUUGGACCUGCCUCUGUGCUGGAUGGAGGCUGCUCUGCUGCAAGCAGAGGUCCCAGGGCACCAUCACCCUGGGAGGAGGCCUUCAGGGACAGGAACAUCUGAAGUUUCUGCUGCCUUUUCCUAGGGGAGUGAAAGUCUGAGCUGUAAGUUGUGAAUGAGCACCAGGAUGAGCGCAGCCCUGUAACACAGCUGUCUCUCUGCUCCCCAGACUGCUGUCCUUUUCAGAUGCUCUGCAGGGCAGCGGCCCUUUGGCAACACCUCUGAGACCUUCAAGUCUGGUAUGGGGACAGAUAACGGCAGCGCAGAAUCACAGCAUUGCUGGUGACAGUAGGAACAUGGCCACAGCAAAGUUGCCUUACUUAAACCAACUCUGUACAGCAAGGGAGGUACUUUCCAGGCACUAUCUGUAGGAUUAGCCAGCAGAAUUAUGAAUUGAGUGAUGAGAUGAUGGAACAGAGCCAAGAGGUGGGGAGUAAUUGCUGUUCCCAGAGGUCUUCCAAAGUGAGAUGCAGUCUGCUGCAGGAAGGGGUCCUUUCAGGAUGAAGCUGUCCCACUUGGAAAAAAAAAAAAAUAAUAAUAAAAAAAAGCAGAGUGAAAUACAGUAAAAAACAUGCCAGGAUAGCUUCUUUAAAGGAACAUUUCACCCUACAGCAAAGCCUUUCCCUCAUUGGGACUCGCUAAAAUAUAGAUGUUUUCUCCAAAGGAGAGAAAGUACAAAGCACACCAUCAAAGUGGAAGUUCAAUCUAUUUCAUUCUGCUGGUGUUCUUUCUGCAAUGGACACAGGAUGGUAAGGAGUAUCGCUUUUAAAACCUCAUACCAACUGCCUUUCAUGUGAAAUAAGCCACACUGAUUUCCUAACUGAAAAAAAGUGUCCAAAAAGGCCUUAAAAAGGACUGAUAAUUGCCACCAAUACCUAAUUAGCUCGCUUGGUGACUAAUCCUAUGUGUUGGGAUUUUUAAAGUCUUUUUCAUUUUCAUAAGCAAAGACAUAAAAAGAACAGUGUUUAAAGACUAUGGUGGCAAAUUCAGUCCACUGCCAUAUCUAGGCCCUGUGGGAAGCAGUGGGUCUGCAGUUUGUCCUCUGCCACAUCCCUGCCAUCUGCUCUGGGGGCUCUUCACCUUCUGCAGCAAGGCCUGUUGUCAGGGAGGAGGGGGUCAGUCACUUUUACAGCAGUGGCAUUCCCUUCUGUGUCAGCGUGGAGAGGCAGCAUGGUGAGUGGCUAUGUUCAGGGAUGGCUUGUGCUGUGGAAGAUGAUAUCAGGCCAUUUUUAUAUGCAUACAAACCAGAAGUAGGAAACUGUCCUGUUGGGUGCCAAUGCUGUGCUGGUGCAUCUGUAUCAGAUAUAGAGAACAUGCUGAGGAAGAGAAAAUUCCAUUUCUCCAGGAGUGUUGCAGAACUGUUUGACCUCUUUUAUGGGCAAAGGAUCCAUUAAAGGCCGUGUGAUAGCAGCUCACAUCAGAAUUGUCAGGAAUCUGUCUUAAAUCAACAGAACGUUGAUUUAACAGAACAGCCUAAAUCAACAGAAUGUGAAAACAAAGCAGAACAAGCUGACAACGAACACUGAGUCAAACGGGCAAAGCCUCCACCUGGUCUGCUAAGAUAGACAUCAAAUGUCACAUAGAAAUGCAGAAGGCAAUUCAGGUCUGCAUCUUUAAUAUAAUCUGAAAAUUUGUUGAUUUUAUUGGAUGCUCAGGGACAGUUUUGUUUUGUGCUCUUUCCACCUUGAUCCUCUUUCUAGGUUUUCAUGCAAACAGUUCAUUUUCUAGUUCGCAUUACACAUGAAGGUCUGGGGUCCAGCUGCUGCCCUGGCAGAUGGGCAGGUAGGCUGCAGGCUGCUGUAUAAGCAAGACACUGAGUGGUGGGAUUCAGCACAACUCAUGUAAGCCAACGGGUUUCCUGAAUGGUGUAGAAAAGGUGGACAUGGUCUGCAGUGGAGGGGUGGGCAUGGAAGGAAAAUGGAAAGCUGAGAGCUCUUAGUAAUGUUCUUAAGUGUGAGUGCAAUGAAAGAGCAUUCUCUCAGGUGUUUUGGCUUCAUGGGCAGCAUUCCAUAUACAUGUCAUAGCCCUUCUCAGGCUGUGAAUGAGAAGAGCAACGUGACUGCACAGCCAGCCUGAAGUCCUUUGCCUCUUCCACAGUAGACUGCAUAUGUUAAUGAUAGACCUCUGUUGGACACAUGGGGCUAGCAUAAAGGCAAUGUGUCAUUUGUCUCAUUGCAGCCCUGCUCUCCUCUUGCUGGUAUGAAUCAUGGGAGUCCUGAUUCACUGCAGAAACGGGCUGUUUUUUACAUCCACUGAUUGGUGCCAAAUGGCUUAUGUAUAAAUAAAGUCUUGUGUCAUGCAAAAUUAGGCAUGAAUUCAUUGUCCUUCCAAGAACAGUUUUUUGUUAGAAUGAAUACUACCCUUAGCGGAUCCUAAACCCACAGUGCUCUGAAUAACAUGAGGUGUCAUCUUUAGUAUUUACCACUUGAAGGCACAGACUAGGGGCACUGGAGCAGCACUGGAGCAGGUUUAGCUGAUGGCUUUAUGCAGAUUCUUUUCAAAAGAAGGCUCUGAGUUAUGAUGUCCUCAUUGAUAGGGGCUGAGAAGUGCAAGGAACUUCUGAGGUCUAAAGAUAAGUGCAGGUAGCAAGCAGGCAGCAGGCAGUAUGGUGCUCUGGCCAAUUACACAGGAUAACAAUCCAUGGAAAAAACUGCAAAACUACAUAAAUAAGAGAUGCAGCUCUGGAAAAUGCUGUGCUCCUGCCACUGCCACAUCUGCAAUGAAAACGUGAGAGCACAUAAUGUGAAGGAUGUGACAGCUGAUAUAAAACAAGACAGCUGAAGACAGGUGUUUUCACAUAACUUCUCUUUCAAAUAGUAGGUCCCAAAGACUGUGUGAUUCAGUGCUUCUAGUGCAGCGUGAGACUGGGAACCGAAUAUAUCCUGACUAAAGGAAAAGAAACAGAGCUGUGCAACAUGGGGCUUUCUAUCUUUUCCUCAGAUUUCUUGCACCCAGGUGGCAGUUAGGUAUAUCCCAACAGAUCCACCUGCACAGAGCAGAAACAGAACACCAACUGCUCCCAUCCAAACAGGGCUUGCUUUUGUCUCCUGGGUCACUGACUAAUUUGUAUGUUAUACUCACUUGAGCAUUUCAGAACUGAGUUAGGGCACGUUCUCAGCUUCCCAUUCCGUCUUGAAACCUUUAAUCCUGUUUGUUGGGUUUUCUUUAAACCACGUGAUUCCACUUAGUUGAUAGCACACAAACACGGGAUCUAGUGCUAGAAACGGCUUCCUACUACUCAUACUGAUUUUUAAUAUAAGCAAUUAAAUAUAUGUAUGUUUGCGUAGCUCAUACAUGCAUCUAAGCAUAACUAGUAGUUUUUAUUCUUCUCAAUUAAAUUGUCUGUAAAAACAUGAGGUGCUCUUUAUUGUUACCAUUACUUGUAAUUUAAAAUACUAACAAUGACACAAAGUGUUGUCUCAGCUCAUUUAACAGGCCAUAAAAUGGCUAAGAGGAUUAUAGAAAUCUCUGACAUACCAACCUCAGGUGAAAUAUAGUUACUCAUAUUUGCUAUGCAACUGCUGCUUUUUCAUAAUUGUGAAUAAAUAUAGGUUGUCUUGUUAGGCAAAUAAUGCUAUUAUUAGCAAGAAAUGUUUCCAUCUCACAUUGGGAAGAGCAUAGACGUAGUCCAGUUCCAUUCCCUUCCUCUGGGUUGACUUCAAAGGGAGGUGAAGUAACAGAAAAAAGUAUUUGGCCCAUCCUACGCUGAAAUCAUAGCCUGAAAUAGGAUGAAAACAUCCUGCCCUCUCUUUGAGUGUAAGGAAUUAACAAGACCUCAUUUGCUUUGCAGGAUGUUUCUGUCCUUAGAUCUCUCUACCUCAGGAAAAAUAUAUUUUAGUCCCUCUUAUGUGAAAAUGGACAAUUUUGAUCUAACUGUUGAGUGAUUCAACAAAAAAUCCUCACCUGUAUAAAAAGCUCUGUCUCUGAUCCUAGGCUUGUCCCCCAGAAGAUCCUUACGUCCCUGAAUUUGGUCCCAGAAUCCGCAGUGUGUGAUGUGACAAAUGCUUCCUAUUUUGUCUCUUUUGAGGUCUCGUGGAGCCUUUUACUGUUUCUUUUGGAACUCCAAUGGGAAUAUGAAGUUGUCAUCAAGAUAGUUCAUUGAGGUGCCACAAGUAUUACAGAAAAGCAUCGCACAGAGAGGGGAUCCCAGCGCCAAUUGGAGCAUUAGAGCAGCAGAAUGAGGGCUGCAAAAAGUUUAUAAAUGAAAUUAGAACAGAAGAAGCACUCAAGGUAAACCUAAUCUGCGUAAACCUGAAAUAAUAAGUGGUUAUGUUAAGCUACUUUGUCCUCUGUGUCUAAUUGUCAGAGAAAGGUAUGGGAGAUGCAUCCCAAAUAAUUGAGGCACUUGCAUAUUUUAGGAUGGUGUGUUCACUGGCUGAGUCCAUGACUGCCCUAGAGCAGAUGUCUGCUUUCAGACUGCUCGGGUCAAACACAGCCUUUGAAUUUUGCUUUUGUGAAACCUCAGCAGAGUUGGGUGGCAGCUUAUUGCUGUUGGCUGGAUGAUGAAUUUUCACAUUACCAGUCAAAACUGAAACAGAAACGUAAGACAAUAAGGUAGUGAACUUGUUUAAUUUGUUUUGUAGGACUAAAUGUUGGCUUUUUGUCCAGAUAAAUCAUUGAGAACACUUUAAGUGACCUCAGCUGGCUGAAAUGAGGGAAGGAGUUAAUGAGAGUAACAGCUGUGCCUUGUAGGUUAGCCCUGUCUCCAGUAGCCUGCAGGAAUGCAACAUCCAAGAAAAGAUGAACUUUGAAAUCCGCAUACGGGAAGGCAUCUGUAAACUGCUUACAGUGAGCACACAGAAAGACCAGCUUUUGCAAGCAGUUAAAAACCUGAUGGUCUGCAAUGCGCGGAUACGUGCGUACAGGGCAGAGCUGCAGAACCAAAGGGAAGAGCCUGUCUCAUGCAGGACUGAAGGGUGGUUGUCAGACACUGGGACAAAGGACCGGAUGGCAUGUAGGGCUAAAGUUGCUCUAUCAGAUAUUCGAAUACCAUUAAUGUGGAAAGGCUCUGAGCAUUUCAACAAUAAGGAAAAAUCACAGCGCUAUGCAGUGUUUUGUUUGUUCAGAAUGGGAGCUGAGGUUUUUGAUACAGAGGUGGCAAUUGUGGAUAAAGCAAUAACAGAUAUCUGUUUUGAAAAUGUAACCAUAUUUGAUGAAGCAGGACCAGAUUUCCAGGUGAAGGUUGAAGUGUACAGUUGCUGUACAGAGGAGUCUUUAUACAUAGCAAACACCCCUAAGAAACUAGUAAAGAAGCUUAAAACAUCCCUCAGCAAAGCUACAGGGAAGAAACUCAAAGCCACGCUGCAAGAAGAUGACACUGACUCCAUUUUGCUCUCUGACCCAAUCAUCCAUGGAGCAAAGUACAGUUUGCUAGCAUAUACCACUUUGGGGCUGGAGAGUGCCGAGGAUGGUUUCAGGACCCACAACCUCACCAUUACAGGAAAUGAGGAAUCUUCUUUUUGGCUCCCCCUGUAUGGAAACAUGUGCUGCCGUUUAGUUGCUCAGCCUUCCUGCAUGGCAAGGGAUAUGAUGGCAGGAUUUCUGAAUCAACAGCAAAAGAUAGGAAAUGUAACCGGCUGGAGGAGGCUGUACUGCGUACUGAGAGGUGGGAAGCUCUUCUGUUAUUACUCACCAGAAGAAAUCGAGGCUAAAGUGGAGCCAGCAUUGACAGUUUCCAUCAAUAAGGACACCAGAAUUCGAUCUGUGGAUAAAGACUCCAAGAAAAGAACCAAUAACUUCUCUGUUACCAACCCUGUGUCUGGAGAGGCUGCCACUCAACUCUUUGCUACUGACAGUAGGGAAGAGCUUCAUAAGUGGAUGGAGGCUUUCUGGCAGCACUUCUAUGAUCUGAGCCAGUGGAAACAUUGUUGUGAAGAACUUAUGAAAAUUGAGAUUAUGUCACCACGGAAACCACCUUUGUUCUUGACAAAAGAAGCAACCUCUGUCUACCAUGAUAUGAGCAUUGAUUCUCCAGUGAAACAUGAGGGCUUAGCUGAUAUCAUACAAAGAAAAAUUGAAGAGAGAGAUGGUGAGUUCCUGCUUUGCCAGCAAAAAGAGCCCGCAUCUUCCUUAUGGGCUUCGCUCUUUGAUGGAUCUCAUGAGAUGGUUGUUCAGAAAAAUCUGCAUGCUGCAAGUGCUAAUGAUGGCAGAGGGAAGAAGAGGAGAGCUCCGCCUCCACCCUCUGAUAAACCAGCGUACAAUGCAGAAGCACGUGGGAACACAGAGGAACUGGACAAGGAGAACUGGGAGAGGCCUGACGGUACGGCUGGUAGUUCUUUUCAUUCAGCGUUACCUACAGAAACACAACAGCUGCAGGCACCCAGUGCUGCUCCUCGCAAAAUCUGUCCCUGUAGGAAGAACAGUCUGGCUGAGCAUAGGAAUCCCUUUGCUUUUGGUUACUAAGACAGAGUCUGAAACCAAACCAGUACCAACCCCUAGACAGAAAUGCACCACAGAAGCGCUAGACCCUGGAUAGUGGCUGCAGCCACAGAAUUAAUUACUGGCUUAGAAGAUUCCCUGGAAUUUUAAGUAAGUUCUUAAGCCUUGUACUGCAAUGAGUGAAAGCUGGUGUUGGCAGGUAGUUUCUAAGUACUGAGGCUAAAGUCUCAUUGGUUUGUUGGUUGGUUUGUUGUUCUGUUUCUCUGUUUUGGAUCUUUCAUCCAGAACACCACCACCAGCUGCAUUAUUAAUUUACUCAUUAUCACUAACAUCUAAAUAAUUACUCAGAUAAAGGGGGAGGGUUUACUUCUAUCUCAAAUAAUGAUGCUAUUUUGGAAACAAUGUUUCAGUACUUUUUCCUUGAAUAACUGGCAGUAUUCAGGGUAUCUCACUGUGCUGCAGGGAUUUUACUGUGGCCUUCUAUUAGUCCCUCUGCUGAUCCCAUCUGCAGCUCCUUAAACUGGGAAUUUCAGAUAUUCAACAUCAGUCUCCCUAACUGAUUUUUCUUGGGCUCCAUGCUUGGCUUCAUCUGAAAUAUUCCCAUAUCUCAAUGUUUAAGUACUGCUGCUUACAAGAUAAUGUGCUGUGAACAGAUACUGCUCACCUCAGA